UGGUGUUGAUCUGCUGUAGAUCUGAGGUGGGAAGAUGCCUUCUGAGUGCUUCUGUCUGGCAGCUCAGCCUCGUUUCGACUCGAAGUGGCUGAAGACGGAUUUGCAGCUUGCCUUUACUCGAGAUGGACUCUGUGGACUAUGGAAUGAAAUGGUCAAAGAUGGAGAAAUUGUUUACACAGGUCCUGAAACAAUGCAAAAUCUCAAUGACUCGCUGACAUCAAAAGAUGAUACCAGUGAAUCGCAGACUAACACAAAAAAAGAUGACCAGAAUGAUAAAGAGAAAAAGGAUGAAGAAGAGAUACCAGCAUCCAUUCAUCGAGCCAAGCCAGUCAUUGAAUCAUGGGUGUGGGGCAGACAGCCAGAUGCGAAUGAGUUAAAAGAAUGUCUCCAAGUACUUGUGAAAGAACAGCAGGCGUUUGCUGCACAAGCUGCAACCACCACUCUCUCCGGAAUAAGACUGAAGCAGAGACUUGCUGUCCUUGAACGGUACUUUAUUGCCUUGAGCAGAAGUGUACUCCUGGAACAUAUCAAUAUCAAAUGGAAGAGCAAUAACGUUUCUAUCUCUAUGGCUGACAAGAAAAGUUCUAGGCCUGUUGGGAAAGGUGUUGAAGGACUUGCCAGAGUUGGAUCCAGAGCAGCACUUUCUUUUGCCUUUGCGUUCCUUCGCAGAGCUUGGAGGUCGGGUGAAGAUGCAGACUUGUGCAGUGAAUUGCUACAAGAAUCUCUCGAUGCCCUUCGAGCUCUCCCGGAGGCGUCGUUGUUUGAUGAAGGCACAGUAUCCAGCGUGUGGCUUGAAGUUGUGGAGAGAGCAACAAAAUUUCUCAGGUCUGUUGUUACAGGUGAUCUUCACGGUGCAUCAAGCUCGAAGGGGCCAGGGAACAUUCCACUGCAAGACCAGCAUUUAGCUCUUGCAAUACUACUGGAACUGGCUGUGCAAAGGGGAACACUUAGCCAAAUGUUAUCUGCUGUUUUACUACUGCUGCAGCUUUGGGAAAAUGGAACAAGGGAAACGGACAAUGAAAGAUCAUCACAAGGCACCAGUGCCCCACUGUUGCCUCUUCUGCAAAGAUUUCAGAGCAUACACUGCAAUAAAGACUUGCCUACUGAAGAUGAAGAGAUACUGGUGAACCCUUUGAGUCCCAAUGAAUGUUUUUUAAGGUACCUCACUCUACCCCAAGAUAAUGACUUGGCUAUAGAUCUUCGGCAGACGGCGGUUGUGAUUAUGGCUCAUCUGGAUCGUUUGGCAGUUCCCUGCAUGCCACCACAGUGUAGUUGUCCUACCUCUCAUAAGGGAUCCAUGCAGGAAGUCCUUGGCUGGGGACUGAUUGGUUGGAGAAGUCAGUCAACAGUGAUUUGUCCCAUCCAGUGUGAAGCUAUUGCUAAUCUUGGAGUUGUACAGAUAGCCUGUGCUGAAAAAUACUUCAUUGUUCUAUCAAGAAAUGGAAGGGUUUACAUGCAAGCAUACAGCAGUGAUACACUGGCCCCUCAGAUGGUGCAAGGCCUUGCAUCAAGGAACAUUGUGCAGCUUGCCUCCCACCCCGAUGGCCAGCAUUACGUGGCGUUGUCAGCAGCUGGGGAGGUUUUCUCAUGGGGCUGUGGUGAUGGUGGAAGACUAGGCCAUGGAGACACUGUGUCCCUUGAAGAACCUAAAAUAAUAGCUGCUCUGUCAGGGAAACAAGUGGGAAAACGCAUUGUUCACGUGGCCUGUGGAAGCACCUACAGCGCAGCUAUAACUGCAGAUGGAGAGCUGUAUACGUGGGGAAGAGGAAACUAUGGGCGACUCGGACAUGGGUCUAGCGAAGAUCAGACCACCCCAUUAGUGGUUAGUGGACUGAAAGGCUUGAAGAUCAUUGAUGUUUCAUGUGGGAGUGGGGAUGCCCAGACAUUGGCAGUGGCAGACAAUGGUCAAGUGUGGUCUUGGGGAGAUGGUGACUACGGAAAAUUAGGCAGAGGUGGCAGUGAUGGCUGUAAGACUCCAAAGUUGAUUGAGAAGCUUCAAGACCUUGACAUUGUAAAAGUGCGCUGUGGCAGCCAGUUCUCAGUGGCCAUUACAAAGGAUGGACAAAUUUACACCUGGGGAAAGGGUGAUAACCAAAGGCUUGGACACGGAACAGAAGAGCAUGUGCGGUAUCCCAAGUUGCUGGAGUGUCUUCAGGGUAAAAAGGUGACUGACGUGGCUGUUGGCUCCACGCAUUGCAUGGCGUUGACUGAAGAUGGUGAAGUGCUCAGUUGGGGCUGCAAUAAUCAAUGUCAGCAUUUUGAUACGUUGAGGAUUACAAAAUCGGAACCAACUGCUCUGCCAGGACUGGAUUCAAAGCACAUUGUUGGCAUUGCUUGUGGUUCUGCCCAGAGCUUUGCUUGGUCCUCUUGCUCUGAGUGGUCCAUUGGACUCCGUGUGCCGUUUGUUGUGGACGUUUGUCAAAUGACAUUUGAACAACUUGACUUACUGCUACGGCAAGUUAGUGAAGGGAUGGACGGCAGCUCAGACUGGCCACCGCCCCAGGAGAAGGAAUGUAUGGCAGUGUCUACACUCAGUCUUCUCCGGCUACAGCUUCAUGCAGCUAUUAGCCAUCAAGUGGACCCAGAAUGCCUUGGUUUAGGCAUAGGCAGUGUUUUGCUGAACAGUUUAAAACAGACCGUGGUGACGCUAGCUAGUAAUGCUGGGGUGCUCAAUACUGUUCAAUCAUCUGCUCAGGCUGUCUUACAGAGUGGCUGGUCUGUACUUCUUCCUACAGCAGAAGAAAGAGCCAGGGCCCUUUCAGCAUUGCUACCAAAUGCAGUUUCAGGACAUGAAAUGAACGUAAGUCCAGGUCGUCGAUUCAUGAUUGAUCUCUUGGUGAGCAGUCUGAUGGCAGAUGGUGGUCUAGAGUCUGCGCUGAAUGCUGCCAUUACAGCAGAAAUCCAGGACAUAGAAGCUAAGAAAGAAGCCCAGAAAGAGAAGGAGAUAGAUGAACAGGAAGCCAAUGCCUCAACGCUCCAUCGAAGCAGAAUGCCAUUGGACAAGGAUCUUAUCAACACUGGCAUAUAUGAAUCUUCUGGAAAACAAAGCCUACCCCUAGUACAACUUGUGCAGCAGUUAUUGAGAAACAUUGCGUCUCAGAGCAUAGCUAAAUUGAAAGAUGCUACUCACCACAUUUCUUCUUGCGUGGACCACGAACACCUUAAUCGGGAAAGGUCGGCAUCUUUAGACCUUCUGCUGCGGUUUCAGCGCCUGCUUGUCAGCAAACUAUACCCGGGUGUCAAUUUCAGUUGUGAAACUGGUGGCUAUGGUCCUGAGCUUUUAGGAGUUGGUUCACUGCUGAAAAAAUAUAUUGCACUUUUGUGUACGCACAUUGGGGACAUUUUGCCAGUGGCAACCAGCAUUGCCUCAACCAGUUGCAGGCAUUUUGCAGAGGUGUCUCAUAUUCUUGAAGGAGAUUUGACAGGAAUCCUCCUUCCUGAACUAGUGGUCUGCAUUGUGCUGCUCCUCACUAAAACUGCAGGUUUGAUGCAGGAGGCUGGGGCCAUCCCACUGCUAGCUGGAUUGCUAGAACAUUUGGACAGGUUCAACCAUUUGGCUCCAGGCAAAGAGAGGGAUGAUAAUGAUGAUUUAGCAUGGCCUGGAAUAAUGGGCUCAUUCUUCACAAAUCAGAAUUCGCGGAACAAUGAGGAAGUCACUCUGAUUCGAAAAGCUGAUCUUGAGAACCACAAUAAAGAUGGUGGCUUUUGGACGGUAAUUGAUGGAAAGGUCUAUGAUAUCAAAGAUUUCCAGACUCAGUCACUUAGUGGCAACAGCAUACUUGCCCAGUUUGCUGGAGAAGACCCAGUUGUUGCUUUGGAAGCUGCUCUCCAAUUUGAAGACACUAGAGAAUCAAUGCAAGCAUUUUGUGUGGGCCAGUACAUGGAGCUGGAUCAGGAAGUCGUCACCACUCCAGAUCUUGGCAGUUUGUCUUCACCUCUGAUAGACACAGAAAGGAAUCUUGGCCUACUACUUGGACUGCACGCAUCGUACCUGGGAAUGAGCACACCACUGUCCUCUCUGGAGGUCGAAUGUGCCAAAUGGCUCCAGUCCUCUCUUUUCUCCGGGGGUUUGCAGACGAGCCAGAUCCAUUACAGUUACAAUGAAGAGAAAGACGAGGACCAUUGCAGCUCUACCACUGCUCCGGGCAAGGCCAAACUCUAUGUACGUCAGCUAGCGCUCAGCGAUCAUACUCAGCCAUUCCUGCAAGCGAUUGCAGACAAUAAUAUUCAAGAUCACAAUGUGAAGGACUUCUUGUGCCAAAUAGAACGCUACUGUAAGCAGUGCCACCUGACCACACCCAUCACAUUCCCACCAGAGCAUCCUGUGGAAGAUGUAGGAAGGUUACUGAUGUGUUGUCUCCUGAAGCACCAGGAUUUGGGUCAUGCAGCUUUGUCCGUUGUGAACCAAAGUGCUCUUGGAGUGGAACAAGGAAAGCUCAGGGCAUUGCCUAAAUCUGUAGGUGAUGUUUGUCGGGUGGUGUAUCAAGCUAAAUGCUCUUUAAUCAAGACGCACCAAGAACAAGGACGUUCGUACAAAGAAGUCUGUGCACCGGUAAUUGAACGCUUGCGGUUUCUGUUCAAUGAGUUGCGGCCCGCUGUCAGCAAUGACCUUUCUAUCAUGUCCAAAAUGAAAUUGCUAAGUUCAUCACCUCGCUGGCGAAAAAUAACCCAGAAGAUCAUUCGUGAAAGGAGGAAGAAGAGAGUUCCAAAGAAGUCUGAAUCUGCUGACAUGGAAGAAUCUAAGAUUGAAAACAGUGAGAGUGAUGUAGAAGAUUCCUGUGUUGUGCCGCUCAGUCCUGGCGCUGUGAAUAAAAAAGCCAUUCCUGUGAAAUCAAAGGACAAGUGGCAACCACUUCUUUCUUCUGUAGCAAGUGUUCACCGAUACAAAUGGCUUAAACACAGUGUCCAAGGUCCUUUCCCUCAGUCGGCAUUGAUGGCUAAUGUCGUUGAUUUUGCACUGAAAGAAGAGCCAAUAGAUGUCGAAAAGAUGCGAAAAUGUCUGUUAAAACAGUUGGAAAGAGCAGAAGUUCGUUUGGAGGGAAUAGACACAAUGCUUAAACUGGUAUCAAAAAGUUUUUUGCUUCCAUCAGUGCAAUAUGCCAUGUUGUGUGGUUGGCAAAGGCUCAUCCCUGAGGGGAUAAGUAUAGGGGAGCCUCUGUCAGACUGUCUGAAGGAUGUUGAUCUCAUUCCACCAUUUAAUCGUAUGCUGCUCGAAGUUACCUUUGGCAAACUUUAUGCCUGGUCUAUUCAGAAUAUUCGCACUAUGCUGCUGGAUGCACAAGCCAAAUUCUCUGAUCUAGAGAGGAAGACCACGACACCUGUAACAUGUGUACAACCAGUCACUCUGCAAAGCAUUACCAAUGAGAAUCCUUCAGGACCCAGCCUUGGAACCAUUCCACAAGCUCGCUUCUUACUCAUCAUGAUAAACAUGCUGACACUACAGCAUGGAGCCAACAGUCUCAGCCUUCUAUUGAACUCUGGCUUACUGGCAUUGACCCAAACAGUCCUGCGAAUGAUAGGAACAGGACCGUCCAUAUCAAAAGUGGAAAGAAACAGAUUUAGAUGUGGGGCUGUGUUGUGCGCAUUCGGUCCCACUGCUGAUAAUGCUGAGGAUGAUAUUAGUACUUCUACACACGGAGUCCCAGCCACCGUUUUGGAAGAAUCGAGAAAGGAAUCAACACCAACACCACUGCCCGUCUCUGGCCCAGAACUUGCAGCGAUGAUGAAAAUUGGCACGAGAGUAAUGAGGGGAGUGGACUGGAAGUGGGGUGAUCAGGAUGGACCACCUCCAGGUUUGGGCCGUGUUAUUGGGGAACUGGGGGAUGACGGUUGGAUCAGGGUCCAAUGGGAUACGGGAAGUACAAACUCCUAUAGGAUGGGGAAAGAGGGAAAGUAUGAUCUAAAACUGGCUGAAGCACCACCAACUGCACAACCACCUACAGAAGACUCCGACACUGAGGAUGAUUCAGAAAACGAACCCCUGGAGAGAAACACUCACCCAACUGCAAUGCUGUUAUUGAGUACAGUCAACCUGCUGCAGACAUUGUCUCUUUCUGCUGGGAUCCAUUCUGAUGUUGUUCAGACUGAGGCUAUUAAAACACUCUGUGGGCUUUUACGGAUGCUGGUGGAGAGCGGAGCAUCAGACAAAUCUGCUCCUUCGGUGAAUAAAAUUGUGUCGAGAGAACAGCACCGGAGCUGGUGUACAUUAGGGUUUAUUCGAAGUAUAGCCCUUACUCCACAGAUGUGUGGUACCCUGAGCUCGGCACAGUGGAUCAGCUUGCUAACAAAGAUUGUGGAAGGACAGCAAUCAUUCACUGCUGUGUCUCUACAGCGACAGAUCCUAGCUCUCCGUUUGCUACAAGCAGUCCUUCCUUCUUGGGACAGAAAUGAACGAUCAAGGGAUAUGAAAUGCCUGGUUGAAAAGCUCUUUAUCUUUUUAGGCAGCCUCCUAAGCACUUGCUCUUCUGAUCUGCCACUCCUGAGAGAAGGAAUGUUGAGAAGAAGGAAGAGUAGACCUCAAGCAUCUCUGACAGCCACUCACAGCAGCACACUGGCCGAGGAGAUAGUUGCACUUUUGAGAGCUCUUCACUCUCUGAACCAGUGGAACGGGCUCAUCAAUGAAUACAUCAACUCUCAGCUUAAUUGCAUUGGUGAAAUCAUGGCAGAAAAACCAGCAGAAGCAACAGUUUUGGAAGAUUAUUUCCCUGAUUCAGACAACCCUGAGAUUGGUGGAUUGAUGGCAGUGCUUGCUGUAAUCGGUGGAAUAGAUGGACGUCUGAGAUUGGGCGGGCAAGUAAUACACGAAGAGCUCGGAGAGGGAACAGUCUCUCGAAUUACCCCCAAAGGAAAAAUUACAGUCCAGUUCCAUGAUGUGAGAACGUACAGAGUUUGCCCUUUGAGUCAAUUAAAACCGCUCCCAAUCAUGGCCUUCAGUGUUAACAACUUACCUUUCACUGACCCAAUGUUGUGUGUGUGGGCUCAGUUGGUGAAUCUGGCAGGAAGCAAACUUGAAAAGCACCGGGUAAAAAAAUCUAGUCAGAGCCUCACAGAUCAAGUGGAUUUGCAUUUGCUGAGGUGUCAGCAGCUGAAGCUGUACAUACUGAAGGCUGCAAGAGCCUUGCUGUUGCACCAGGAUAAAUUGAGGCAGAUUCUGUCUCAGCCAUCUGUACUUGAAACAGGAACACUUUCCAGUGAGGAUGGAGCUAUUUCCUCUCCAGAUGUUGCUGACUUUUCACCUGAAGGACCUCAGCCUCCUUUGAUCCUGUUACAGCAGCUGCUGUCAGCAGCCACACAACCAUCGCCAGUGAAAGCUGUAUUUGAUAGACAGGAGCUCGAGGCUGCAGCCCUUGCAGUUUGCCAGUACUUGGCAGUGGAGUCUACUCAUCCAUCUACACCAGUCUUUGAUGAUAGCAGUUCAAGUGAGGCUACUACACCCAUUGCAGUGCAACACAUCCGAUCAGUCAAACACAAGCGGCGCAGGCCUUCUCCCCCACCACCUUUACCCAUCGUGGCUCAGCUGAUGGAAAUGGGAUUUGGACGGAAAAAUAUUGAGUUUGCACUAAAAUCUCUUACAGGAAGCUCUGGGAGUGCUUCAGGAUUGCCAGGUGUGGAAGCUUUGGUUGGUUGGUUGCUGGAUCAUCCGGAUGUGCAGAUUGCAGAUCUCUCGGAUGCAGAGAGCACUUUGUCGGAAUACUCGGAUGAAGAAAUUCUGGAAGAAGCAGAUGAGGCCGAGGCAGCUUACGCUGUGAUUGGUUCUCAACAAACUCCAGCCAAUCCUUGGGGUGCUGUGGUGACCGAGAGCCAAACAUAUAAGAAGCGAGGAGAUUUCCUGAGCAACGAUGAUUAUGCUGUGUACGUAAGGGAGAAUGUUCAGGUGGGAAUGAUGGUCCGCUGCUGUAGAACCUAUGAAGAGGUUUGUGAGGGAGAUGUGGGAAAAGUCAUCAAACUGGAUCGUGAUGGACUGCAUGAUCUGAAUGUACAGUGUGACUGGCAACAGAAAGGUGGUACUUACUGGGUUCGAUACAUCCAUGUUGAGCUAUUAGGUUUUCCUCCACAGAAUUCUCCUUCCCACAUAAAGAUUGGUGAUAAAGUCCGCGUGAAGUCUUUGGUCACUACUCCAAAAUAUAAGUGGGGUUCGGUUACUCACAGAAGUGUGGGAAUUGUGAAAGCAUUCAGUGCAAAUGGGAAGGAUGUUAUUGUUGAUUUCCCUCAGCAGUCACACUGGACUGGACUGCUGUCAGAAAUGGAGCUCGUGCCCAGCAUUCAUCCUGGAAUCACAUGUGAUGGUUGCCAGAUGUUUCCAAUCAAUGGGCCUAGGUUCAAAUGUAGAGGUUGUGAUGACUUUGAUUACUGCGAAAACUGUUUCAAAACAAGGAAACACAACAUCAGACACACCUUUGGCAGAAUUAAUGAGCCAGGACAAUCGCCAGUAUUUGCUGGCCGUUCGGGAAAACAACUGAAAAGACGACACAGUUGUCAAAGAGGAAUGUUGCUGGAUGACUGGUCAAGGGUAGUGAAGAACUUUGGAGUCUCUUCAUCUGUGAGCCAAGCCUCUCGUCUUAUUGAUGGCACGGGUCAGUGUUGGCAAUCUUCAGGCUCACAGGGCAAACACUGGAUUCGACUGGAGAUCUUCACAGAUGUCCUUGUUCAUAGACUGAAGAUGGUUGUGGAUCCUGCUGACAGUAGUUAUAUGCCUUCACUAGUAGUUGUCUCGGGUGGAAACUCAUUAGACAACCUAAUUGAGCUGAAGACUGUCAAUGUUACACCCACGGAUACUGUGGUAACUCUACUCAAUGAAUGUGCAGAGCAACAUCGGUACGUGGAAAUCGCCAUCAAGCAGUGCCGAAGCUCUGGGAUUGACUGUAAAAUUCAUGGGCUGAGCAUUGUAGGACGGAUCCGAGCAGAAGAUGAUGAUCUUGCAGCAAAUUUCCCCUUUCUGGCUUCAGAUAAUGAGGAGGACGAUGAUGAUAAAAGCAACACUGGAAGUCUUGUAAGGAAGAAAGCAGCCAGUUUGGAGUUUGCUGCAACUAUCAGAACAAAAGUCUUUGUCUGGGGUUUAAAUGACAAAGACCAACUCGGGGGAUUGAAAGGCUCAAAGAUAAAGGUCCCCACAUUUUCUGAGACAUUAUCAGCAUUAAAUGUUGUACAAGUGGCCGGUGGUUCCAAAAGCCUUUUUGCAGUAACCGCUGAGGGUAAAGUUUAUGCUUGUGGGGAAGCUACAAAUGGGAGACUUGGACUGGGGUUAUCCAGUGGAACAAUACCUAUCCCGCGACAGAUUACUGCGCUCAGCAAUUAUGUUGUGAAGAAAGUAGCUGUGCAUUCAGGUGGUCGUCAUGCAAUGGCUUUAACUGUUGAUGGGAAGGUCUUUUCCUGGGGUGAAGGAGAUGAUGGAAAACUUGGACACUUCAGUAGAAUGAAUUGUGACAAACCAAGACUGAUUGAGGCAUUGAAAACCAAACGCAUUCGGGAUAUUGCGUGUGGGAGUUCCCACAGUGCUGCAAUCACCUCCAGUGGUGAACUCUACACAUGGGGCCUUGGGGAGUAUGGCAGACUUGGGCACGGAGAUAACACAACACAACUGAGACCAAAAUUGAUAAAGGUUCUCCUGGGUCAUCGAGUUAUCCAAGUGGCUUGUGGAAGUCGAGAUGCACAAACUCUGGCACUGACGGAUGAAGGUCUGGUGUUUUCCUGGGGAGAUGGCGACUUUGGAAAGCUGGGACGCGGAGGAAGUGAAGGUUGCAAUGUUCCGCAAAACAUUGAAAGGCUCAAUGGCCAGGGAGUCUGUCAGAUCGAGUGCGGUGCUCAGUUCUCUUUGGCACUUACGAAGUCGGGAGUGGUAUGGACCUGGGGCAAAGGCGACUACUUCAGGUUGGGCCAUGGCACUGAUGUUCAUGUCCGGAAGCCGCAAGUGGUUGAGGGCCUACGUGGGAAGAAGAUCAUUCAUGUCGCUGUGGGUGCAUUGCACUGCCUUGCUGUCUCUGACACAGGCCAGGUUUACGCUUGGGGAGAUAAUGACCACGGACAGCAAGGAAAUGGAACCACAACUGUGAAUAGGAAACCUACCCUUGUUCAAGGUCUGGAGGGACAGAAAAUCACUCGUGUUGCGUGUGGCUCCUCUCACAGUGUAGCCUGGACCACAGUGGAUGUAGCCACGCCAUCAGUACAUGAGCCGGUCCUGUUCCAAACUGCCAGGGACCCUCUGGGUGCUUCAUACUUGGGUGUUCAAUCUGAUGCAGAUUCUACGACUGUUAGCAACAAAAGUAUUGGCCCAAAUAGUUCAAAGCCCAAUCGUCCAUCUCUGGCCAAGAUUCUACUGUCAUUGGAUGGGAACCAUGGCAAGCAGCAGGCAUUAUCCCACGUGCUGACAGCUCUGCAGAUCAUGUAUUCCAGGGAUGCUUUGGUGGAAGCCUUGAUGCCAGCCAGCAUGAUUGCACCAGUGGAAUGUCCAUCAUCAAUGUCUCCUGUACCACCGGCCGACUCCUCUCCAGCCACCAGCCCAAGUGGUGGAGAUUCUUCAGAAGCCGUCAGUGAUGGAGAAGAAAGAUUAAGUCCGAAUCCCUGGCAAGAUCGGAGAGGGGAGGUUAUGUCUUCAGAAGAAGCUGUGACCCCAUCAUCAGCUGUAACUCCCUCGGCCUCGGCCGCUUCCUCUCGUCCUUUCAUUCCUGUAACUGAUGAUCCUCGGGCUGCCAGUAUCAUAGCCGAGACUAUGACCAAGACAAAGGAGGAUGCAGAAAGCCAGACGAAAUCAUCGGGGCCAGAACCACAGCACUUGGAUGAAUUCACAAGCCUUCUUGUGCCUGAUGACACUCGAGUAAUGGUUGACUUACUCAAGCUAGCUGUGUCCACCCGUGCUGGUGAAAAAGGCAAAGAUGUUUUGUCAGCUGUGCUUUCAGCCAUGGGAACCGCUUAUCCACAGGUGGCUGACAUGAUGUUGGAGCUGUGCGUGACUGAGUUGGAAGAUGUGGCCUCGGAUUCUCAAAGUGGACGUCAUUCACCUCAGCCUGUGAUCGUGGAGAGCAGUCACCCAUACACUGACGACACAUCUACCAGUGGAACAGUGAAAAUACCAGGUGCUGAAGGUCUUAGAGUGGAGUUUGACCGCCAGUGUUCUACCGAACGACGCCACGAUCCGUUGACCAUAAUGGACGGUGCAAACAGGAUGGUCUCUGUUCGAUCAGGUCGAGAGUGGUCCGACUGGUCCAGUGAGCUGAGAAUUCCAGGUGAUGAGUUGAAGUGGAAGUUUACCAGUGAUGGCUCUGUCAAUGGCUGGGGAUGGCGAUUUACAGUGUACCCUAUCAUGCCGGCAGCAGGUCCUAAAGAUCUUCUCUCAGAUCGCUGUAUACUGUCGUGUCCAUCUAUGGAUUUAGUUACUUGUCUACUGGAUUUCCGGUUAAGCUUUGCAUCGAACAGAAGUAUUGUGCCUCGUUUAGCUGCCUCUCUGGCUGCUUGUGCUCAGCUGAGUGCCCUUGCCGCCAGUCACAGGAUGUGGGCCUUGCAGAGAUUGCGUAAGCUUCUGACGACCGAAUUUGGACAGACCAUCAAUAUCAACAGGUUGCUUGGGGACACUGAAGGAGAACCGCGAUCCCUGAGUUUUACAGGCAGCGCUUUAGCUGCGUUAGUUAAAGGUCUCCCAGAAGCUCUGCAGCGUCAAUAUGAAUAUGAAGAUCCCAUUGUGCGAGGGGGAAAGCAGCUUCUCCACAGCCCGUUCUUUAAGGUUCUGGUGGCUCUCGCUUGUGAUUUGGAGCUCGAUACUCUGCCUUGCUGCGCUGAAACCCACAAGUGGGCAUGGUUUAGAAGAUACUGCAUGGCCUCCAGGGUUGCUGUUGCUCUGGACAAGAGAACCCCAUUGCCACGGCAUUUCCUCGAUGAGGUGGCAAAGAAAAUCCGUGAACUUAUGGCAGAUAAUGAGAAUAUGAACGCUCUUCAUGAAAGCCACGAAGUAUUCAAAAGAGAGCAAGAUGAGCAGCUUGUCCAGUGGAUGAACCGGCGGCCUGAUGAUUGGACUCUCUCAGCUGGGGGAAGUGGAACUAUUUAUGGCUGGGGCCAUAACCACCGAGGUCAGCUAGGAGGUAUAGAAGGAGCAAAGGUUAAGGUUCCAACGCCUUGUGAGGCAUUAGCAACCUUGAGACCUGUUCAACUGAUUGGUGGAGAACAGACACUGUUUGCAGUCACAGCGGAUGGAAAGUUAUAUGCCACCGGAUAUGGAGCUGGAGGAAGACUGGGGAUUGGAGGAACAGAAUCUGUUUCUACACCCACUUUACUGGAAUCAAUCCAACAUGUUCUUGUGAAGAAAGUGGCAGUGAAUUCAGGCGGGAAGCACUGCCUGGCCUUGUCUUCUGAAGGAGAAGUCUACACUUGGGGUGAAGCAGAAGAUGGCAAGCUAGGGCAUGGCAAUAGGAGUCCUUGUGACCGGCCUCGUGUUGUUGAGUCCUUGCGUGGUGUUGAGGUGAUUGACGUUGCUGCUGGUGGAGCGCACAGUGCUUGUAUUACUGCAGCGGGAGAGCUUUAUACGUGGGGCAAGGGCAGGUAUGGGAGACUCGGCCAUGGCGACAGCGACGAUCAGUUGAAGCCGAAGCUGGUGGAAGCGUUGCAAGGUUAUCGAGUGAUCGAUGUUGCGUGUGGCAGUGGAGAUGCACAGACUCUCUGUCUGACUGAUGACGAUACAGUUUGGUCCUGGGGAGAUGGAGAUUAUGGCAAACUUGGAAGAGGAGGCAGUGAUGGCUGCAAAGUCCCCAUGAAGAUUGAUUCUCUCACCGGACUUGGGGUGGUUAAGGUGGAGUGUGGAUCCCAGUUCUCUGUGGCCUUAACAAAGUCUGGAGCUGUUUAUACUUGGGGUAAAGGUGACUAUCAUCGGUUGGGCCAUGGUUCUGAUGACCAUGUCAGAAGGCCUCGGCAAGUUCAGGGGUUGCAAGGGAAGAAGGUCAUUGCAAUUGCAACCGGAUCAUUGCACUGCGUGUGCUGUACUGAGGACGGGGAAGUGUAUACCUGGGGAGACAAUGAUGAAGGGCAGCUUGGGGACGGGACUACCAAUGCCAUCCAGCGGCCCCGGCUGGUAGCUGCCCUACAGGGCAAGAAGAUCAACCGUGUGGCCUGUGGUUCAGCCCACACCCUGGCGUGGUCUACCAGCAAACCUCCCAACGCAGGAAAACUUCCAGCACAGAUUCCAAUGGAAUACAACUACCUCCAAGAAAUCCCGAUAAUUGGUUUGCGGAACAGACUGUUACUACUGCACCAUAUCUCGGAGCUAUUCUGUCCUUGUAUACCAAUGUUUGACCUUGAAGGCCGCUUCGACGAAACUGGCCAGGGCCCAUCUGUCGGGCUUGAUACUUUACGUGGAAUAUUAAUAUCGCAGGGCAAGGAGGCAGCCUUCCGCAAAGUAGUCCAAGCUACAAUGGUACGCGAUCGACAGCACGGACCUGUUGUGGAGCUUAACAGAAUCCAGGUGAAACGCUCCAGAAGUAAAGGUGGAUUAGCAGGUCCCGAUGGCACUAAGUCUGUCUUUGGUCAGAUGUGUGCAAAGAUGAGCUCCCUGAGUCCUGACAGCUUAUUGCUACCUCACCGUGUUUGGAAAGUCAAAUUUGUUGGAGAGUCUGUGGAUGAUUGCGGUGGAGGUUACAGUGAAUCAAUUGCAGAGAUGUGCGAAGAGCUACAAAAUGGACUGACCCCAUUAUUGAUUGUUACUCCAAAUGGCCGGGAUGAAUCGGGAGCCAAUCGUGACUGCUUCCUGUUAAACCCAGCCGCCAAAUCACAGCUACACGUCAACAUGUUCCGUUUCUUAGGUGUGCUUUUGGGUAUCGCUAUACGUACUGGCAGUCCACUCAGUCUCAAUUUGGCAGAGCCCGUCUGGAAACAGCUUGCAGGGAUGAAUCUGACUAUUGCUGACCUGAGUGAGGUCGAUAAAGAUUUUAUUCCUGGGCUCAUGUACAUCCGAGAUAAUGAAGCAACUGCUGAGGAAUUCGAGGCCAUGUCUUUGCCCUUCACAGUGCCAAACGCAAGUGGUCAGGAUAUUCAGCUGAGCUCAAAACAUUUGCAUAUCACACUGGAGAACAGAGCGGAGUAUGUUCGAUUGGCCAUCAACUACAGGUUGCACGAAUUUGAUGAACAAGUUUCAGCUGUGCGAGAGGGCAUGGCAAGAGUGGUUCCUGUGCCCCUUCUUUCUCUCUUCACUGGCUAUGAACUGGAAACCAUGGUAUGUGGAAGCCCUGAUAUUCCGCUGCAUCUAUUAAAAUCUGUGGCCACAUAUAAAGGAGUGGAACCCACAGCUCCAUUAAUUCAGUGGUUCUGGGAGGUGAUGGAAUCCUUCUCCAACACCGAACGCUCUCUCUUCCUGCGCUUUGUGUGGGGAAGGACGAGGCUGCCCAGGACAAUCGCAGACUUCAGAGGCCGGGAUUUUGUUAUUCAGGUACUUGACAAGUACAACCCUCCAGACCACUUUCUUCCUGAAUCGUACACGUGUUUUUUCUUGCUGAAGUUGCCCAGAUACUCAUGCAAACAGGUGCUCGAAGAAAAACUGAAAUACGCCAUUCACUUCUGCAAGUCGAUCGACACCGACGAUUACGCUCGUAUUGCACUAACAGGGGAGCCUGCCGCUGACGAUAGCAGUGAGGACUCUGACAACGAGGAUGCAGACUCUUUUGCUUCUGAUUCUACACAGGACUACUUAACAGGUCAUUAAAUUCAAACAAACAUUUAAUAUCAGACACAGAGCCUGUUGUCAGGAAAGUGGGGAGCACUUUGGAGAGAAGGGGGCGAGAUUUGAAGAAUGAUAGUGUGGAAAUGUUCUGCAGGUAUUUCGAUUCUCUUUAAAGAACAAACGAAGAUCAGAUUGUAGAAUAAUGUGAAAAAUUGACAAGAGUUCUCACAACAGAACCACGGUGGACAAAUGUAAUUAUUUAUUGCUUACAUUAGUGGACUGGUAAUACUUUAGAGCCAAUGUGUAAUUAGAAGAUGGUACUGUGUCCCUCACAACUUCAGAUGCAUAUGUUUUUGUUCAGUGAGGUUUUACUUUUGUUUCCUAAUGCUGCAGAAACCAUAGGUACAGGGUUAGACCUGAGUACCUCCUCUUUGUGUUUACUGCUUUUUUUUAUGUCUCUUUAUUCCCGAAGUAAUACAAUAAACAGUAACACAAAGUAGGACCCAAGGGCAGUAAGCCUUUCACUGUGGUAGGGCGUAAUGUUAAAACAUUUUUUUUUGAGGGGUGGGGCGAGAAAGGUCUCAAAGUGAAUGUUGUGUUAUCUGCAUUUUCCAUGCUGUAUAUUGAGAUAAUGUGCACCAACUUGAAUCGUAUUAUAAAUACUACAUAAAAUGACUUUAUUAGCAGUGUUUGUGUACAUGACAAUGAACAUUUUGAUUGUUACAUCAUUUAAAAUGGAAUAUUCUUAAAUGAUAAGACAUGA